AUCAAUUAUCGUGCAGAAAAGUUGUAAUAUCUCGAAAAUUUAUAACCGCCAGUAUCGAAAUGUACAAAAUUUUGGCAAUUUCGAUACUAUUUCGCAGUUUAUUUCCCAUUCUAAACGUUUCGUUUCCUAGUACGGUGAAAGAAAGACGCGUGACAACUAGACCGUGGAAGGAAUAAUUUGACUGGAAAUUGCAUCGUAUCCGCCCUCCUCCAACAUUUUCUUCCGCUAGUCUAUUAACUCUGGCGUUCUUUUCUUAAAACUUGAACUCUUAACUUAUGGUAAAUAAUUCACGAUCCAAAUCAAAUAUAGAUUACUCGUCAGAAUCUCAUAAUUCAAAAAGCACUGAAAAGUGCAACCAACUAAAAUGGUAAAAGCGCGAAACUUCAUCAGUGAUAAUGUUCGAAAAUAAUUACGUCCGCGUGGAUUUCCAUUAUCGACGGUAAGAAAGUGCAUCGCGGGGAUAAUAAAAAUGAAGUAACACGUCGAGCGAGGCAUUUACCAUCGAUUUAUGUUCAAGGAAACACGUGGUCGCGCGACGGCCAAGAGUGAAAGUGAAACAUGAUCUGUGAUCCACGUGCUUCUGACGCUCGAGCGGUGCUAACCUACAAGUACCGCAUCGACUGAACCUCGAACAGCACGUUUCUGCUCCAGCGUGUCGAUCGUUCCAGUGAAAGAAAUUUCGUAAUCGCGGACGAAAAGUGGCUGAUAAUUCGACGUGUGUGAUUGAAUGGCAUUAAGCAUCAUUGAACGAAUGCCAACUCGAAGGAUCGAAGUUGACGCGAGACAGUGGACUCUAAUAGAAACACCAUCGAAAUUUUUAGUGUUUGCUUUGUUCCAUUGUUUUCUCGAUAUAUGGGAAAUUUGAAAUCGGAAUUGAAGGUUUCAAAGAAAGAAAGGAUUUGGCCAAUAUUGUGAGAAUUUGAGGAGUUAUCCCUUACAGUUGAUUAUAUCGACUAAAGUUGAUUUCAACGAUUCGGUUUAUCGACCGAGUCCUUUCGCGCGAUCGCAUAAUCGACAACGCGAUAACUCGUGCAACUUCUGUAGAAAGUCGACCGUCCGGUUUAAUCGUGAUCACGGCAAAAAGGAAAAAAGAUCGAGGAGCAACCUUCAGAAAUUUCAGAAACUGUCAGAGACCCGGUCAACCAUCCAUAGCGUUGUGUGUAGAAAUAUACUGUUGACUAUACGUAUUAGGACAUCUGUUGAUAUUUAUAAAUUCAGUAUAAAUUCAGUAUUUUCAAGUGCUUUUUUCUAGCUAUUUUAUAGUUAUGUCAUUCGCGUCAUCUUACGGUCAAUAAGCUUGAAUAAAUGUAACGAUUAUGUGUGCUAAUACUUUGGUCGACGAUAUGCAGGCGUCGUCGAUGAAUUUAUUGGCAGCCGGCUUAUCGCUAUUUUGCUUCGUGCAUCCCCUCCAUGGCGACCCUCAAGGAUUCUAUUCGACGAAUUAUGAGUCCUACAAUCCUGUAUUUCACAUAUCGGACCCGGUGCACCGUGUUGCACAAUUUCCUGAACGAUACGAUUCUUCGAGCACUGGGAAAUCUUUACCAAGCGUGGCACAGUAUAGAGAAACGUCCGAGGCCACUCCAGAAGAAGAUCAGUUUGAAAAACCUUUGCUUCUGCUGAGUUACUCUAGAGGAAUGACAGAAACGGUGCAGCCAGAAGUAUAUAACAGGUAUAGUGAUUUUGGGUCGGGUGAUCGUGAAGAGAAAGCGAAAGAAGAUAGAAUAAACGUUGAAGAUGAAGAUAAAAAGAGUGACUUGGACGAGGAGGCAAUUAUAGAAAAGAUGAGGAUUCUAGAUCGACUGUUGUCUGAGGAUUCAGGUGAAAAAGAUUUUGAUACGAAUGUAAUUGGAGACAAGAUCAUCUCGGAAGAAUCGAAGAGGGUUGUCAGAGAAGUGAAGAAGAAGAAGCCGGGAUUGUUUUGGUCCUUGGCAAAAAUCACGUUCGAGGCAAUCAGCGACACGACAUCAGCGAUCAAGGAGAUCGCCACCAUCAUCAAUAACAGCAUCGCUCCUGAUUCGGCUACUGCUAGUACCAUGAUGAAAGGAUCCCUAAAGGAUGCAGAUUCAUCGAACAUGACCAACGUCAACGGAACAGAAACAACGACAUCAAUGCCCACGACCACGCCCUUUGUCUUAACUAGACAAACGCUACAGAGUUUAAUCAGGCGAAACGUCUUGGGGCUCGUUAAACUUUUUAAUAUCGAAUGGAAAGACGCAUUAAACCAAUCGGAAACAAACGUGAAAGAGUUCCAGAGGGAUCUAGGAAACCAAAUAGGCAGUUUCUUUCGUGACAGAAGGGACACUUAAAACGACUGAUUGCAUUAGGACAUUUCUUAUUCGAUAAAAUUCCUUCGACAGUGUACAUUCUCCAAGCAUGUAGCCAAAGAUCGAACAUAAGUUUAACCGACUAGUAGUACGUGUAAAAAACCGUUUCUUUUUAUAAUUCGAAUUAAAGAGUUGAAAGCGAAA